UCCUAUCCAAUCCGAUCCAUUUUUCAAGUUCGGGCCAAGAUCGGUAUUUUACACCAAAUAACCCUAGCCCAAUUUGUUCCCAACCCAUUUGGCAUUUGGUGAGAAACAAUUUAUUGAGGAAUUCUCAAAGUUGAGCUAUUAAUUGAGACUUCACAAUGAACUAUAAAUAUGUUCAUUCAAUACUCAAUUAUCCCAUUUCAUUUCAUCAUCCCAUUUCAUUUUUCUGGGUAAUUGCACCAUCAAACAAAAAUUAAAUUUCUUUAUUUCUUUAACCCUUUACCAUUUUGUUGGAGAUUUUAAGCGUCGCAACUUUACACAAAUCUUCUUAAUUUCGUGACUGUGAUUUUUCAUCAUUUUCACUGCAAAUCAGCUUUCAUAGUGAUAACAACAGGACAACUUUUUACAGGAUGAGCCAACUGAUGAAUCAGGGAACUGUUACUAUACCAGCAGAGGCACAACCAAAAAGGAGACGGGGGCGCCCUCGGAAGGGUGAGGGUCAAGCUUCUCCAAGACCUCCAGUUCCCAGCUUUUCCAGCAUACAAGGGGAGGGAUCUAGUACACUCAAACCUACAGCAAGCAUGCCGUCAAAAGGAAAAGAGAGUAUUGAAGAUGUCGAUGAUGAUGAUGAUGAAGAAGAUCAGGAAUAUGAUGAGAUGGUAGGGCAGGUGGUUACAGGAGUCCUAGAGUAUGCCUUUGAUGCAGGGUAUUUCCUUUCAGUCAGAGUUGGGAACAGUAAUGUAUCAUUGCGAGGCGUUGUGUUCAAGGAAGAAUGUAUUGUUCCUGUUACCCCUGAAAAUGAUAUUGCUCCCAAUACUAAGAUGCAUAAGAGAAAAGAUUUCCCAAUCCCCCCGAUGAAUGUCAUCACUCAGGUAGCUGAACAAACUGCUCGUAAUUCUUCUCUGAAUCCAGGUAAAAAUAUCGAAAUCCAACAGCAAGAAAAGGUUCCUUCCCCAAGUGUCACUCAGAAGGGGCAAUCAGAGGAUAAAGAACAGCAGGAUAAAGCUUCAGAUGACAAGGAACAACAGGAGAAAGCGUCAGAAGAUAAGAAGCAGCAGGAGAAAGCAUCAGAUGGUAAGGAACAGCAGGAGAUUUUAGCUGAUGUGGAGGAUCAGGAGAAGCUAUCACUAGGAGCCGAGAUCAUUGAGGAGGUUUCUGCUAAAAUGGAGAGUCUGAAAGACUUGUCAGAGCCUCCGGUGAAGAAGCAGAAGACAGAUGAAACAACUGUGAGUCUGUCAAAUGAGGAGGAUAUGAUACAACAUGAUGCUGUCACGAAUGAGAAUUCUGAGGAUGCUGUCAUUAAUGAGAAUUCUGAGGAUGCUGUCACUAAUGAGAAUUCUGAGGAUGCUGUCAAGCCGCUUGAAGAAGCUAAUAAUACUGUGUUGCCUAAGGAAACAAAUAUUAGUCCUCCUCAAAUCGCAAUUUCCCUGAAAGACUCAUCAGUAGUAGAUUUUCCGACAGUCAUGGAGCAGGACAUUUGUACAAAUUCAGGGUUUCAGAUUAGCAUGGAGAAUCCAGACGAUGAAGAUGAAUUGUCUGAACCACCAAAUGACAUUAGUCCAAUGGAAACGGAACAAGGAGGAGAUAAAUGAUCAGGAUUCAGGAGAAUUAUUAAUAAUUCUAAUUGCUCACAAUUUUUAUGAUAUUCUUUGGUCAUUGCAGAUGUCAAACUAGAUAGAAUUAGACCCUCCUGACUACUUGGGCUGAUCGUUUUGGUUAGAUUUUUCUUGAUUGCUUUAUGGUUUCAACAGAUAAACUUGUAGGAACUGAACUUUACAUGGCUUUGAUGAAAAACUUAGCUUUAUAUUUGUAGUAAUCACCUGGUAAACUGUUCUUAUAUUCUUUAUGAUGCAUUUUUCUGUCAUAUAUGAACUAUAACUAUAA